AUGACACCGAAACCUGGUUCACCACGCGUCACGGCGACAUGUCUGUGUGGAGCCAUCUCGUACGCUCUCCCAAGCGAUCAGCAGCUGCCCCUGGAUAGUGAAUUUUGUCACUGCUCCGAUUGCCGAUACGCUACUGGGGCGUUGUAUCUAUCGUCUCCUGAGCUACCACAGCCUCCCCCUCAGAGUGUGUGGGAGCGCACAGUACCCUACGACAGCUCGGGCACACGUCGCAGGUGGUUCUGCGGCAAAUGCGGGUCGCACGUAUUGAUUCAGGAAACAGGAGACGAUGCAAGCAGAUGGUGGGUUAUGGGCGGUGUGCUCGAGCAGACGGGGUCUGAGUCCCAUGCAAAGAACACUACUCGACCCAUUCACCACAUCUUCGUCACCGACACAGGAGAUGGCGCUUUGGCACCGCAAAUGGUCAAACUCGGAGGACGGGAGGUCGAAUGCUGGGAAGGACGUCCUCACACCAGCAGACGGGUCAGCGAGGUUGAAUUGAGGGAACUCUCCCUGCUCGCCGAACGCGCACCAGCCACUGAGAGCGAGACCUUGGAUGCCAAAUGUCACUGCGGAGGAGUCCACAUCCAAAUCACCCGUCCAGAUUUUCAAUCGUUGAAACUUCCACAGAGGUAUAUUCCCGAAGAGAAGACCCACUAUGUUGCGGGCCUCUGUGCCUGUCGCUCAUGCAGGUUGGCCAUUGGAGUCUCUUUCCAACCCUGGGCGUAUAUUCCCCCCUCCAAUAUACGGCAUGCCGACACAGGGGCAAUUGUAAAGUUUGGUCGAGAGGCUGACGAAGAAGGCUCAAAUGAGAUCACCACCUUGAGGCAUAUUUGGUCUAGCAAGAAUGCAUGCAGGAGCUUCUGUGGAAGAUGUGGCGCAACUGUAUUCUAUUGGAACAACAGUCGGCCAGAAGUGGUCGAUGUGUCAGUGGGUGUCUUGAGAAGUCAGAAUGGAGCGAUGGCGAGAGACUGGCUGUCUUGGAGAAAGGAAGGUCCUAGUUCGAAGGAUGACUGUGUGGAUGAAGAAUUACGGAAGGCGAUUUUUCCGUCGUAG